AUGGGAAACACGCCAGGACCAGACUCCAGCCCAGACGAUGAGGCCCGUCUGGCCCGCAAGCGACCGCGCAGUCCCGAUCCUGAGUCUGAGACUGUCCCUGUCCACGUGCCCAAGAAGCAGCGCCACACCCCGUCCAUCACCUCCAUCGCCGCCAAACCCGCCCGCCCGUCAAAGAAGCGCGCCCACAGCCCAGAGUGCGACGAUCCUUCCUUGGGGGCAGGAGGCGACGUCGUCAGGAAGCGGCGUCGUCCCGGGCGGGAGCCAGAGCAGACAUCAUCCCAGGCUCUGAGAUCUGCUCGUCAAUUCUUGCCGACACCGCCACCGCCGCCGCCACAGGCUCUGGUAGACCGGGAGCAUUCUAGGAGUGUAGCUCACAUCCAGAGAAUCCGCUCCGGCCUCCAGGACAUCGAGAGGAGGCUUGCGCGCCUGGCGCAGCUGUGUGAGGCUGACAGAGAGAGGCCCUGA